AUGGGAAGUGUGAGAGCCCACCGGUACAGCAUAGUUUCCUCAGAGGAAGGCGGGAUGAAGUUGUCUCCCAUUGCUAUUCAAAACGGCUACGGCAAUGGAAAAGUGAGCACCACAGAUCACGAGCAACAGCAAACGCAAAACCGUUUCGUCAACAAGGAUGGACGCUGCAAUGUACAGUUCAUCAACAUGAGCGAAAAAGGUCAGCGCUACCUAGCUGAUAUCUUCACAACAUGCGUUGACAUUCGCUGGCGUUGGAUGAUGGUCCUUUUUUUCCUGUCUUUCCUAUUGUCCUGGCUUAUUUUUGGACUUAUAUUCUGGCUCGUUGCGUAUACAUCUGGCGAUUUGGAUAAUCAAGUGCAGAUAUGCAUUUCGAAUGUUGACAGUUUUACAGCGGCUUUCCUGUUUUCUGUAGAAACACAAACAACUAUUGGAUAUGGCUACCGUUAUGUGACGGAGGACUGCCCCAUUGCUGUGUUCAUGGUGGUUUUUCAGAGCAUCCUGGGAUGCAUCAUUGAUGCAUUCAUCAUUGGUGCGGUCAUGGCUAAGAUGGCCAAGCCUAAAAAACGAAAUGAAACCCUUGUGUUCAGUCAAUAUGCAACAAUCGCAAUGAGGGACGGUAAACUGUGUCUAAUGUGGAGAGUCGGCAACCUCCGCAAAAGCCACCUGGUCGAGGCACAUGUCCGCGCUCAGCUGCUCAAAUCCCGCACCACAGCUGAGGGUGAAUUCAUCCCGCUGGAUCAGAUAGACAUUGAUGUCGGAUUCGACACUGGUAUUGACCGUAUAUUUUUAGUGUCCCCCAUCACCAUCGUCCAUGAGAUUGAUGAGGACAGUCCAUUCUAUGACAUGAGCAAACAGGAACUGGAAAGUUCCGAGCUGGAAAUAGUGGUGAUUUUGGAGGGCAUGGUGGAAGCUACGGCCAUGACCACUCAGUGUCGAAGCUCUUACGUGACUAGCGAAAUCCUGUGGGGCUAUCGUUUUGAGCCGGUCCUUUUUGAGGAGAAAAGUCAUUACAAGGUGGACUACUCUCACUUCGAAAACACCUACGAGGUUCCCAACACACCUCAAUGCAGCGCUCGAGAUUUGGCAGAGAAGACGUACAUAAUGUCUAAUUCAAACUCUUUUUGUUACGAGAAUGAAGUAGCCUUCAUGGAUAAAGAGGAAACCGAGGAUGAUGAUGACGAUGAUGAUGAGCAGAUUAGCAUCAGGAGGGACAGUGUGGUUUUAGAGGGAUCCAAUAUGGAUGACAUCAAAAGCACAGCUUCUAGUCAGGACACUUUACCGUUACAGCUCAAACCUUUAAGACAACAGCCUGAGAUAUGA